AUGAAUAUCGUAAUAUGCAAGUACCACGGUACGAUCAUAACUCCGUUGAAAACGGCAAACAAACGCAAAUCUCGGCUAGAAGAUCUUCCAAAUGAAUUGCUUACAGGUACUUUUAGAUAUCUCAAUGCUCGCGAUCUCUUUCGUUCAUUUCACAAUCUCAACGAACGUUUCAAUGAUCUGAUUCAAUCGUUUCAAUAUCUUCAACUAUCCUAUCACAUGAAAGUACCAGUAAACCUCAAAUCGAACGAUGAACUGUUUUCCUUCUAUGUCUAUACACUAAUCGUUGAUGAAUGGAUUGACUUCAAUCCUAAACAUUUCCCUAACGUUCGUCGGUUAAAACUGAAAAGUCCAAUACCGAAAGUACUCGGACUGUUGAAAGGAAAUAUUAUGCCACAUUUAGAACAUUUAUCUGUUCUAUAUAAAUACACAAUGUAUGAGAUCAAUCUUUUACAUAACGAAAUCUUUUCCAAUCGUUUUCCAAAGUUAUACUCGUGUGAACUAUAUGGACAAGAGGGCUUAUUGACGAUUCAACAAUCCGAGCAUUCACCGAUGAUACGAAUAUUGAAAACUGACCUGAUCGAUCUGAUGAUUUAUGAAAUCAUACUUCGAACUUGUCCAAACUUAUCGUUUCUCAAGUUUUCUAUACAAUCACCAAAUGAUACUUCAACAAAUACUUUUCAACACAUCAAUCUUAAACGUAUGGUUAUCAACCUAACGAACUCAGACUGGUCAGAUGAUGAUCAUACGUUAAGUACGCUUUUAUCAUAUGUACAGAAUCUUCAUCAACUUGAUAUUCAUCGGCGAAACUAUUCCCACAAUAUUCUCGAUUACAUUCAAUAUUGUGAUUGGUUGAAAUCAAUAAUAAAUCGUCGUCUGCCGUGUCUACGAAUAUUUAAAUUCUAUUUUCAUAUAUCAACUGAUGAACAAUUACGAAUAAUUCUUCAUGAGAAUCUUCUCGAACAAAUACAAAGUGAUUUUAGUAAUGUACAUACUGAACAGGAAUAUCAAGCUCAACUAAUAAUUUGUAGAGAAUCAAUAUUAGUUGUACAUAUGUCUGGCUUAGAACGUUUACCCAAUGAGUUAUUAAUUGAAUUGUUCAAAUAUCUCAAAGCUCCGCAACUUUUCCAAGCUUUUUAUAAUCUUAACUUUCGCUUCAAUUAUCUCAUUCAGUCUUUAACUCAUCUGACGUACUCGACGAACGAACAAGACAAUCAAACUCAAGCGUAUCCAUACAUUCGCACAUUGAUUAUUGAGAAAACGAUUCCAGAUAAACUCGUCUGCUUUCCAAACAUUCGCCGUCUCAUUCUCGACUACGUUACCGAAGAAUUUCUUGUGCAAUUCAAUGGACAUACAUUGCCGAAUUUAGAAUAUUUAGCUAUUUAUCAUAAAAUCCAUCCGUUUUAUAUGCCGGAUCUCCGUACUAAGAUCUUCUCGGAUGUUUUUCCUUCUCUGAAAUGUUGUUAUAUAUCUCGAAUGAGAUCGCCAAGUGCACCGCAAGAUUGGACACGAUCGUUAUCUAUACGAUUUUUAAGGUUCAAUGACAUUAAUGCAUCGAUUUACACAUCGGUUCUGCUUGCAUGUCCAAAUUUAUCGAUUCUGAAAUUUAAAUUACCAACAAGAUCGAAAAUCGAGACAAAUUUUAUCAAGCAUAUCAAUCUGAAGCGAUUGUUCAUCAAUAUGAAGUACGACGAUUACCCGUGGGAUGAUGAGAUUUUAGAAAGUUAUUUGUUAUGUGUACCUAAUCUCGAACAGUUGAGAAUAUCUCGGUCAAUCUCGAUCAAUGCUAGUGUCAUGCAUCAUUUACAGUAUUAUGAUUGGCUUUUAUCGAUGAUUUCUAGUCAUUUAAGAAAACUUAAUCAAUUUAAAUUUGAUUUAUACAUUCAUCGGUCUCAGGAAUUAAGUGAAGAAUGGAAUUAUCAGGACGUUCUGAAAAGACAAUUUAACAGUGUUCAUCUGAAUCGAUAUGAAAGUCGAUUGGUUGUUUUUUGA